UCUCUGUCUACUACAUAUUCUUCCUCCAGUCCUCUCCCCCCCCUCUCUCUCUCUCUCUCUGUGUCCGUGUCUCUCCGCCCAGCUUUCGAACGCGCCACUCAUCGCACACAUUCCCGUCGGGAAUCCGCCUCGGGCUUCGCCGAAAUUCUACGCUACCUCUCAUCUCCCCCGCGACCGCGCGAGCACCAGAUUCACACCGCGCCGUGUGCGGAAUCUGCCUCUAGCGAGCUGCGAGCCGCAGCCGGCCGGGCGGACGUGCGCGCGCGCAAGCGUACGAGUCGCAGCGUGCGCCGGGCCAGCCAGACCAGCUGCGGCGUGAUCGGACAGCCGGCGGCGGCGGGUCGGGGAGCGAGGAGGCCAAGACCGAGAGAUACACAGGCCGCGGGGUCAGCAGCAUGUUCGAGGGGAUGGAGAGGGCGGGGUACGGCGGCGCGGCGGCGAUGGGCGGGGUGGUGCUGUCGCGGGACCCCAAGCCGCGGCUGCGGUGGACGCCCGACCUGCACGAGCGCUUCGUCGAGGCCGUCACCAAGCUCGGCGGGCCCGACAAAGCGACGCCCAAGUCGGUGCUGAGGCUGAUGGGAAUGAAAGGGCUCACCUUGUACCACCUCAAGAGUCAUCUCCAGAAAUACAGGCUUGGCAAACAGAGCAAGAAAGAUACAGGCUUGGAAGCCAGCAGAGGGGCAUUCGCCGCACAGGGCAUCAAUUUCUCCGCUCCAGUGCCUCCUAGCAUUCCAUCUACUGCCGGUAACAAUACGGGAGAAACGCCACUUGCGGAUGCGCUGAAGUACCAAAUUGAAGUCCAAAGGAAACUCCACGAGCAGCUUGAGGUGCAGAAGAAGCUGCAAAUGCGAAUAGAGGCGCAAGGCAAGUACUUGCAAACAAUACUAGAGAAAGCCCAGAACAACCUGUCCUACGAUGCAUCAGGAGCUGCGAACCUGGAGGCAACCAGGUCGCAGCUGACAGACUUCAACCUCGCGCUCUCGGGUUUCAUGGACAACGUGUCACAAGUGUGCGAGCAGAACAAUGGCGACCUGGCGAAAGCCAUAUCCGAGGACAACCUCAGAGCGAGCAAUCUAGGCUUCCAGCUGUACCAUGGCGUUCACGACGGCGAUGAUGUCAAGUGCACUCCGGAUGAAGGGUUGCUGCUGCUGGAUCUGAACAUCAGAGGAGGCUACGAUCACCGAUCCGCGGCGGAUUUGAAGAUGAAUCAGCACAUGAGGUGAAAGAUUCAGUAGAUGGACGGCAACAACCGUAGUUUAAUCUAAUAGUUCCCCUUGUGUUGUGAGAAAUUCUUUCAGCAUUCCGGAGGAUGCUUGUUUACAGCGUUGGUCUAAUGUAAAAUUUGUGGUAAGAGGCUCCGAAUAAGCAUAGAAAUUGAGCUAAUCUUACACGAGAUCUGUGUAAUUCAUAUGUAUCUAGAAUCGAAAGAGCUGCAAUAUGAGGUCAUGCAGCAUUUGCAGCAGGCCGUUUGCAAGCAGGGUAGUUUUGUUUGUCUGGUCAUCUGUGUAAUUCAUAUGUAUCUAGAAUCGAAAGAGCAGCAAUAUGAGGUCAUGCAGCAUUUGCAGCAGGCCGUUUGCAAGCA